AUGUGGUUCACCGGCGUGGCCAUCGCUUCAGUUUAUGGCGUAAUCAGUGUGUUGGGGCUAAUCGGAAACAUCACGCUCAUCAAGACGUUUUGCUCUGCCAAAUCCCUCCGCAAUGUGCCGAAUCUCUUCAUGUCGAGUCUUGCGCUGGGGGACGUUUUACUGCUGGUGACCUGCGCUCCGGUGGAUGCGAGCCGCUACCUGUCAGAGGAGUGGCUGUUCGGGAGAGUGGGCUGUAAAGUCAUCCCCUUCAUUCAGCUCACCUCGGUUGGGGUGUCUGUGUUCACUCUCACUGCCCUCUCUGCUGACAGGUACAGGGCCAUUGUGAAGCCCCUGGACAUCCAAACUUCAAGCACCACUACCAGCAUUGUCCUGCGGGCGGCGCUCAUCUGGUUCUUCUCCCUGGUCCUGGCCAUCCCCGAGGCCAUCUUCUCUGACCUCCACACCUUCAACAUCACCUCCACUAAUGAGAGCUUCGUCACCUGCGCCCCUUAUCCCCAUGCUGGGGAAUUACACCCUAAAAUCCACUCCAUGGCUUCCUUCCUCAUUUUCUACGUCAUUCCCCUGCUGGUCAUAUCUGUGUACUACACCUUCAUUGCCCUGAACCUGAUGAGGAGCGCCUCAAACCUUCCUGUGGAGGGGAAUGUGCAUGCAAGACAACAGGUUGAAUCAAGAAAGCGCUUGGCCAAGACAGUGUUGGUAUUUGUUGGGCUCUUUGCAGUAUGCUGGCUUCCCAGUCACGUCAUUUACUUAUAUCGCUCCUAUCACUACUCCCAGGUGGACACUUCCCUGGUACACUUUGUGUGCAGUGUUGUAGCUCGUAUCCUGGCCUUCACCAACUCCUGCCUCAACCCCUUUGCCCUUUAUCUGCUGAGCAAGACCUUCCAGAAGCAGUUUAACCAGCAGCUGUGUUGUUGUUGUCGUAUGAUCCUUAAACACUCCUCGCAGAGCCUGACACAUUAUAAUACCCGUGUGACCUCUGUCCGCAGCACACAUCACUCCAUAGCCAGUCUAAGCAUGAUGAAUGGCAGACGGGUCCAUCAGGAGGAUUGUGUGUAA